AUGCACCUCUCCCAGCUGCUGGCCUGCGCCCUGCUGCUCACACUGCUCUCGCUCCGGCCUUCCCAAGCCAAGCCCGGGGCGCCACCGAAGGCCCCACGCACCCCGCCGGGAGAGGAGGUGACCGAGACCCAGGCUUCAGGUGGCGGUCAGAAAAAGGGCGACAAAGCUCCCGGGGGCGCCAAUCUCAAGGGUGACGGAUCGCGACUGCUCCGGGACCUGCGCGUGGACACCAAGGCGCGGGCAGCGUGGUCUCCUCGCCUUAUGCACGAGCACCCCAACGCGCGCAAAUACAAAGGAGGCAACAAGAAGGGCUUGUCCAAGGGCUGCUUCGGCCUCAAACUGGACCGGAUCGGCUCCAGGAGCGGCCUGGGAUGUUAGUGCAGCGACCCCUGGCGGCGGUGAGUACGCCAGUCUGGCCGCCCUGCGCUCCAGACGCCCUGCGCCCGGGCACCGUCAUACCCAGUCCUUAUCCCCGCCCGCAGGCCCGGUCCCCUUUGAUCCUAGGGCAGUCCUUGCAGACCCCUCCCCCGGUCACUAGCAAGCCUCUAGAGGGGAGCCAAGCCACCCGGCCUGAGUGUGGGCUUGGCACUGGGCAGUGCUCUCCCCUACCCCCAGCCCAUUAUUCCAUUUUACAGAUAAAGAAAGUGAGGGAUAAAGUGGUCAGGGAAGUGUGGCAAAGUCAGUAAUGACAGCCUGGCGGAGCUCACCUGGCUGCUUCUAGAGAGGCCGAGAGGUUUGAUGGAGUGAUAUCCACCUCCACACCAGCAGCAUCGGCCCCAGUUUGUCAGUUGAGGAGUGGAAGGAAGAUCAUGAGUUUGUGGGAACAGAAGAAAAGGGGAUAUACACAAACCAGGAGUAAGCCUGUCUGCCAGCCACUCUGGGGAUGGUGCCCAGGGUAGCAGGCAGCCAAGUGGUCAGGGCUGCUUCUGGGUCAACUGGCCCUCAACCCCCCAACUGGCAAAUUUAUCUUCGUAAAGAUUACAAUGGGCAAAAUGCGUGCCCCCUCACAGUAGGCAGAAGAACCCUCGUUGGCAUUGACCAGGGAGCUCAGCUGGCUGGGACAUUUUCAUUCUUGUCCCAUGUCUAAACCGUGACUGCUGGCAGACUAGCCUGUCCAGGGUCCUGAUGCUGCUGCAGCCGCGGUGAAUUCAGGUGAACCUCAGCAUUCCUGACCCUAUUUCAGGGCAAGGAAAGGAAAAGACUAAGAUAAACCUUUACUUUUGCCCCAACCUCAAACUCACCAUGUCCCACACUGAGUUCCAAGCCAACCCUGGCUCCCAAUCACACUUCUAGCCUCCCUUUUUCCAGCACAGCCUCCUCACCUUCUGCCAGGCCUGGAAACCUCUGUGCUUCGUCAGCUGCUGCCAGGUGCUGCGUCCUGGCAAUUGACUGCUACAAAGAUACUCGCCCCCUCUCCUUCCCUCUUCUCCAUUCCUGCCACCCAUCAGCGUCCACUGAAUAAUGUCCCACCCUCUAGAGCUUCAGGACCAAACCCCUGUUGGUUUCCAGCCUUGUCUCUUGCUGCCAUUUCCUGUCCCAUGCUCAGGCCAUGGGAGGCUGGUCCCUUCACACAUAAAAUUUUGUCCAUGUCCAUGUGGCUUCCCUCAGUGGAAAACAAAGAGCACCCUCUAUCAGCCUCUCUGGCAAAUUGCCUAGGCUUUUUUUUUUAAUAGAACCAAGGUCCCUGGGUGGCGCAAGCAGUUUGCACUCAACUACUAAAGAUUGGUUGUUCGAACCCACCCAGCGGCACCAUGGAAGAAAGGCCUGGCAAUACUCUAAGGAGCAGCUGUACUCUAACAAUGGGAUCACCGUGAGCAGGGACCUAACUACAGAAACUAGUGCCCAAGACAAUUAGUGUUAAAUUGCUGAAUGAUCUCUCACAGCUGGCGAGGGAAACCGUGAUGGCCGAUAGAAACUGCUAACAGGUGCCCUGCCUCCAGCGGCGCCCAGGGCACACAUGCAAUACCCAGGGCACAUGGCCUACCUAACCCCUCCCCCGACCCCAGUUAGGCCUUUGGCCAUGAGUCAGAAUCAAUUUGAUGCAAUAGAUUUGGUUUGUCUUUGUUUUUUAUAGCACAGGACACUUUUUCACUGUAGGUGUAGUUGUUUCUGAACCUACUCACUUCCCCACACUGACUUGUGAGUAGCCUGGGAGCUAGAAGCUAGCCUAAGACAAUUGAGGCCCCACAGCACCACCCAAAAUGACCGGAGAAACCUGCCGCCCUCAGCUUUCAGGUGCUCCUCUCCACCUGCCCUAGAUUUCGGCUUGCUCCCUUCCUUUUUUCCUGGCCCAGCUGUGUGCUUCUCCCCCAUCCUGCAGGGUCUUCUGCCAUCUGUGACCUGGACUUGGGCCUUGCACAGGAAGCAGAAUGGUUCGGGCACUCAGGGCCCAGCCCUUGGCAGCUGCCACUCCACUGUCUUUGCUCUUUUCUCUCAUGUCUAAAAAACGAGCAGAUGGAGCCACAGGCGUCAAAUCUUCACCCCAUGAUUUAAGCACCAAACUUAAACUUUUGAAUCGAAACAAAAUUCGUUAACCUUCUAUGAAACAGCCCCUCCAUCCCUCCCCCCCAUAGGACCCUUGUUCUUGAACUUGGCGGGUGGGCUGUAGGCUUCAAGUGAUGGUCAAAUAGCUGAAGAGAGGCGCCAGGUAGGGGGAAUCCAGAUUGCUAAGACUUUUUGAUCCUUUUUACCAGGGGAGUUUGUCAGCUUCCUGGAAGCUCUCGCUUUUAGUGUAGGUGAACCCCUCCUUACCCUUCUAAGGAAACCCUGGUGGUGUAGUGGUUAAGUGCUACAGCUGCUAACCAAGAGGCUGGCAGUUCAAAUCCACCAGGCGCUCCUUGGAAACUCUAUGGGGCAGCUCUACUCUGUCUUACAGGGUCACUAUGGGUUGGAAUCAAUUUGACGGCAGUGGGUUUGGUGUUUUUUUGUUUUGUUUUGUUUUACCCUUCUCAACUCCACCUUUACCAACCCCCCAUCCCCUUGGUAAGAGAGCAGAGCCUGGAGAUAGCCAGGGUUUAUCAUGGUGGCCAUUUCUCCACCCAGUGGCUGGCUUCGGCUCCAAGCAGCCACCAUAAUGACUGUCGCUGACAGUUAUAGGUCUUGGUUAUAAACUCUUAAUGACAUACACAGACGUGGCUGGUACCUGAAUGAACACCUUGCCCACGGGCCCCAGGAACAUCACAGACAUCUGUCAUCUGUUUUAGCAGACGGGGCAGAGAAUGGAGUUGAGGGGGUUCACUAAGCCCUUCAGAGUCCCUCUGUGUGUGAUGUCCUUGUGGAGGGCACCCACCGUCUCAGAAGGGAGUGCCCACAGUUUCACUAGCAGGAACUGGACACUGUUCAGCUUUCCUCAGGGCAAAGGGGGUUGGUACAGCCCUCAUCCCAUGGCUCUGAUAACCUCUACCCCAGCAAGCCCUGCAUACAUGUUCACGUCCCCUGCUUCUGAAGAGAACCCUGGGCCCAAACUCUUCCGAAGCAAAGCCAGCUGAAGAAGGAAGUGCUGCUUACUCAGUGGUGGCUGUGACCCAGUCACUAGGACGGAUACCCCACGUGUGGCCUCCCGCUGGAUCUCAAAGGCAGCCCUGGGAGGUGGCUAUUAUCCCAUUUUAUGGAUGAGGAAAGUGAUACUGAAACCUAUCCAGGGCCAGGCAGGAAGCAAAUGUCAGAGUUGGGAUCCAAGCCCACGUAUCCCGACUACUCAGGUGUUUCUCUCUUCCCUACCCUCCAUCAUCACUGAGACACAUAAAACCAGCACCAGACUGAGGGUUUGCGUUGU